CCCGUGACUAAUGACUAUAUACUGCUUAAUUUCUUAUCCUUAUAUAUACAUAGUAGUGAUUGAGUAGGAAUCAUUUUAAUACCCAAUUUGAAAAAAAAAUGAUUAAGAGAACACAUUAUAAAGCUACCGCACUCCUCCAGGAAUUAUUAUCUUAUUACACCAGCCGAUUCUUUCCGAUCGUCUUGUUUAAUUUGUUAUCCAGACCAUCUUUUAUCAUCAUUUCUUUGUUCUUCUUUUAGGGGGUGUCCCCGACACGAAUUUUAAAUGAUUUUAAAGGAGUUUAGAAUUCCAUCCAAAUCCAGGUGUCCUCAAUUUAGAUUUCUAUAGAGUCCAUUAAAAUCCGGGUAUCCUCAAACAUUCCAUGGAAUUUGCUUAUUGAUUAUUUUGAUGGAUUUUGAUAGAGUUUGAAGGACUUUUGGGCCAAAAAAUUGAAUAACCCAUUUCACCAACAAUCUCACCUCCACCCCUUGGAUUUCCAAAUCCAUUUUUUAAAAAACCUGCGUCUCUUCCGUCUCUUCCUGCGCACAACUCACGACACAUCUCAUAAGCCCUUUCCCUUCCAUCUUCCAACUACACUCACCAUCUUCAUCCUUGAAGUAUUCUCCAGUUCUACAAUGGGUGAUUUGCAAGGAAAGGAAAAGGCUGUGUAUAAUGCGUGGAGUACAGAAGAAAGUUCUUUAUUACUAGAUCUUUUGGUUGAGGCUGCUCAACGUGGAUGGCGUGAUUGUAGUGGAUUGAUUACUAAACAAACUGUUGAAUCUAAAAUACUCCCGGUGCUGAAUGAAAAGCUUGGAUGUCAAAAGACAUACAAGGAGUAUCAAAGUCGGUGGAGGUACUUCAAGCAAAGAUAUCAAAAAUAUGUAGAUCUGAUGAAGUUCAGUUCGGGGUUUGGGUGGGACCCAAUUACAAAAAAAUUUACGGCUAGUGAUGAAGUGUGGAAAAACUACUUAGAGUCUCAUGGUGCUCAUAAGAGUCUCCGGACGGAUACCAUUCACGAUUAUGAAGAUUUACAAAUAGUAGUUGGGAAUGUAACAGCUACAGGGAAAAAUUCAGUUGGCUUAGGUGAGGAGUCUGAUGCUAGGACAUAUGAUGUUGAAGAGAACACUCAAGCUUCAAUAGAAGACUAUGUGUAUGAUGAGUCUCAAGACGCGUACGUCCCAACCCAACAAGAUCCAAUACACGAUUUAACUGUGCCUCCUACAUGUGCAAAUAGGAGUCCGACUCCCUCAAGAAGUAGUGGUUCUAAAAAGCGAACCAGAGAUCAAUGUGAAGGGAGCUCUAAGCCAAAAAGCAGCGAGUCUCGUUCUGAAUUUAAGAAGAAGGUUGCUAGUGGAAUGGAUUCUAUUGCUGAGAUUGCUAGUGACAUUCGAAGAAUUUUAUGAGAUGUUGAAGUUAAUUUUAUUAGCUCUUGAAGCAAUACUUCAAAUGUUGAGUGACCUAUUACUGUUAAUGCAUGAGGGAGAGUAUAUUGAGCGUCCUACUCGCAAACCUAUCACCAUCAUUGGAUUUAAUUACAUAAA